UCUUCUCCAUAAAAAGUUGAAUCAGGAUAAUUGAAAUCUAUAAAAUCUGGCUGUGUAAAAGUGAUCAUUAUUUCGUUUGUUUCUUUUGUUUGUUUGUUUGUUACUAAAAUUAAUCUUUUUAAGGGACAAUCACAAAAAGCGAAACAAAAUCAGAAAUUUUUUUUGAUCACAUUUUAAAUUUCAUAUAUAUAUAUAUAUAUUGAGAUAGCUUCUACUUUUACUUCUUCUUCUUCGUCAGUUUAAGGGGUUCGUGUUGGUCAUAUAACUACUAUAACCAAGUCUAUCUCAUUAAGUCAUCUCCUUAUUCCAUCUCAGAGUUUGUUCAUUCGUUCAUCUAUUUGUCAUAGCCUCUUUCUUUUGUGAUCUGACACGUUAACUUCCAUCAUUUACAACCCAUCCAUCAAUCAUGACAAGUUUCAAUUCAGAACAAAUCAUUGAUAGUUUCAAGAAAGCCAAUCAAGGCCAACUAUUCAAAUAUUAUGAUUCCUUAACUUCAGAUCAACAAAAACAAUUCUUAUCUCAAUUAUCUAAAAUUUCUGAUCCCAUCACUUUAAUUCAAACCGUUAAACAAGCAAUUCAAUAUUCUGCUUCUCAAAGUUGUCAAGAUUCAAAACAUUAUACUCAAUUACCAUCUCAACAAUCUGCAUCAACCAUCGAUUUAGAGGUGGAAUUAAGAGAAAAAUGGAUUGAAUUAGGUUAUAAAGCGGUUGCUGAUGAACAAGUGGCUGUUAUUUUAAUGGCUGGUGGUCAAGGUACAAGAUUAGGUUCUAAUAGUCCAAAAGGAUGUUUUGAUAUUCAAUUACCAUCUCAAAAAUCAUUAUUUCAAAUUCAAGCUGAAAAAAUCUUAAAAAUUCAAUCUUUAACUAAACAAAGAUAUAAUAUGAAAUCAGAACCUAAAUUACAUUGGUAUAUUAUGACAAGUGAACCUACAAGAAUCACUACUGAAACUUAUUUUAAUAAUCAUGAUUAUUUCGGGUUAAAUCCUGAUCAAAUUGUAUUCUUCAAUCAAGGUACUUUACCAUGUUUCAAUUCUGAUGGUUCUAAAAUCUUUUUAGAAUCUCCUUCUAAAUAUGCUGAAUCUCCCGAUGGAAAUGGAGGAUUAUAUAAAGCUAUUCAACAAAAUGGUAUACUUGAUGAUUUCUUAGAAAAAGGAAUCAAACAUAUUCAUAUGUAUUGUGUUGAUAAUAUUCUUGUUAAAGUGGCUGAUCCAUUAUUCAUUGGGUUUGCCAUUGAUAAACAAUUACAAUUAGCUACCAAAGUAGUUAGAAAAAGAGAUGCUAAUGAAAAAGUUGGACUUAUUGUCUUAGAUGAUGAUAUUAAAAAACCUUGUGUCAUUGAAUAUAGUGAAAUUUCAUCGGAAUUAGCUAAUAAAAAAGAUGAUCAUGAUCCAACUAAAUUAUAUUUAAGAGCUGCUAAUAUCGUUAAUCAUUAUUACUCUGUUGAUUUAUUACAAGAAAAAAUCCCUCAAUGGACAAGUUCAACUAAAUUCUUACCUUUCCAUAUUGCUAAAAAGAAGAUUGGGAAUUGGAAUGAAAAAUUAAAUCAAUUUGAAAAACCAAAUGAUAUAAAUGGUAUCAAAUUAGAACAAUUCAUCUUUGAUGUAUAUCCAUCUAUCGAUUUAGAUAAAUUCGGAUGUUUGGAAGUGGAUAGAAUUGAAGAAUUUUCUCCUUUGAAAAAUGCCGAUGGAGCUCCAAAUGAUACUCCAACCACUUGUAGAAAUGAUUAUUUGAAAUUAGGUACUUCAUGGAUUAAACAAAAUGGUGGGAUUGUCAAAGAUGAAAAUGCUUUGAUUGAAGUUAGUUCAUUAACAAGUUAUGCCGGUGAAGGAUUGGAAUUCGUUAAGGGUAAAGAAUUCAACCAUGGUGAUUGCAUUUAAAACAGGAAAUUAAUAAAAACAGAAAAAAAUAAAAAAAAAAAGCUCCACAUACAUAAUUCAUAUUUAUUAUCUAAUUUG